GCGGAACAUGAUCGACGAGCUGAAUCAAAGGAAGCAGGACGCGAACGCCCAGCUGGAGAAGGAGCUGGAGAACAAGGCUGCCGGCUUCAAGGAGAAGGAAAAGGCCUACUGGGACUGGUUGGCGGACGCCAAGCAGGCCGUGGCUGCUCGGCCGGGUGUGGCUCCUUUGUACAAGUUCGACGGCAAGAGUGUGGAGGAGCUGGUGGCGGAGAAGAAGGCGGCGCUGAACAAAGAGGUAACAGCCCGCGAGCAGGAGUACAAGACCUGGCUGGCAGCUUGA